AUGCGACGUGGAGCUAAUACGACUGACGACUCCGCGGCAGCACCCAGCAGCGUCGCCGUGACUCCCCGGGAGUUUAACCGGGGACGAUAUGGUACCGAGGGAAAGCAGCGUCGGAUAGUUGAACCGGUAAUGCACGUUCGCACCCGGCCUGUUUUGGAGUAUUUAGGGGAAUCGAACGAAAAACGCUGCGUGUGGUGUCUCGAUCAGCAGAAUAUUGUUGUAAGCAUUGGCAAGUCAGUACGGGAGCCUCUAUAUGGUCGAACCGUCAUAUCACCGACCCGAACUGUAGGAUCGAUGGAAGGCACGCCAACAUCACCCUGUGUACUGUUCGGUUCACGAUGUCGAUCGACGCCGUGCACACCGAAACGAACCCAGCACCGUCCGCCACGCUUUCUGAAGAGCUGUGAUCAAGUCCAGAAGUCACCUUCUCGACCGAGGACUUCCCCUUGGCUACUGCCGCCCAUGUCACUGAGCACUCCAGUAGAGCUGCUGUCGGACGAGCAGUUGGCGGCUGACAGGGCCCGCGGUGUGGAGUGCAACAGUCCAGUUCCCAGCUUUCACAACAUCAGUGGCUUUACCUUCUCCACCGCGCAGCCUACCCGAAGGGCUGUUACGCCGGAUGUUUCGAUGCACCGUAGCGCCCGUGCCGCCCGAGAGGACCAUUUUAGGUUCGAUUUCAUCCACAAUGAGGAAUCCACACAGGAAGAGGUUUUUGAGGAGAGUGUGCUUGAGUUUGUUGACAUGGCUCUCCUUGCGCAAAACAUUUCUAUUGUGUGCUACGGCCCUACUGGUAGCGGAAAAACGUAUAGCGUCAUAGGAAGUGCAUCAGGGAAACGGCCAUCUCCCUCGCCUCUGCGCUCAGCUGUGUCUCCAUUAGGGAAGCAGCGGACGGCACGUACGGUGAAGAAGCCACUGUUGCCACUUUCUGGGCGUGACGUGAAAUCGACACCGAGACCAAGUGCAUCGGCUUACUCUGGCGGCCGUCCAACGGGUACCACUAGGUUGGAUGCAAGCAGCACCCCCACCUCUGUUGAUGUAUCUUCACAGCGUAUCACGAGCAAGGCACUCGGGUUGGAGUGCGUAGGUGAAGGAACAGCAAGCUCACAGUUAUCGAGUUCAUCCCAGGCGGAGGUAGACUCUUCGAAUGUUCGUGAACUCAGUCCCCAAACUAGCCAUCGCCCAAAGAACUUUGCCAGUUUCGGGGAAGCUACAAGUUGUGGGAAGGGGGCCGGAGAGGGAGGUGGAAGGGAGUUUGUCUGUAGUGAGGGCAUCGGAUUGCUGCCUCGGCUUGUGCUUUCUUUGCUUGAUCGAUGCGGUUCCGUGGUGCAAAUUGACCGAAAUGAGGGACUGAUGGCCAAACAUCCCUUUGUGACCAAACGUGCCACCAAUCCCACGGGAACGUUUCGGGAGAAAUCCGUCGAUAAAAGUGCCCAUGGCUCCCUGCUUACAUUGAAGGAUUUAACGUUCUAUGGUGUAGAGUUGUAUUUGGAUGAAUUCCGUGACUUACUCCAUCCAACGAAGCGUCGUAUACCCAUUUUGGGGGAUAUUGCGGGGCUGGAUGCUUUUUGUCAGAAACUCAACGAACCCGCAUUCUAUGCGGGGCGUAGAGGGGGAUAUGGGGGCGGUUGUCCCGAUGCAGAAGGGAACGACGGUGCAUCACGAGUAGGGGGUGGAGUACGUAUCAACUCUGUCUCGGAUUUCCACCGUUGCUAUGCAAUGGCAGCGCGCAACCGUGUGACAAAAGCUCAUCAGUGCAACGAUGUAAGUUCUCGCUCGCACGCAAUAUUUAUAUUGCAGCUGCACUUUGAGUUGACAGAGGUGCUCGACGGCUUUACCACAGCUCUUCCCUCCCCCCUAGCGACAGGGGCUGAUGGGGGAUGCUCCAAUACUACCACUCGUGGUCAUAGCACCAGCUCAGCAAGCUCUACAUAUCUAACUAGCGCGUACUCGUACGUAGCGGUUGUUGACCUAGCUGGUUCGGAGUGCGUUAAGCAAUCGAAGGUGGAGGGGACUGAACUGCGGGAGGCACAGUACAUAAACAAAUCUCUGUCUGCGUUCUCUGCGGUACUGCUGGCUCUUUAUCAACAUUCUAACCACGUGCCCUAUCGUGAUUCAAAGUUAACACGGUUGUUGCGGCCGUGUUUGGAGCACGGCAGGGUGCUCGUCCUUGCUCAUGUGUCACCGUGCGCCUCGAAAGAAACUCUUGGGGCCCUGAAGUUUGCCGAGCAACUGCGGCACGCCUCAGUGAGGUCCCGCAACUUUCUUAACGCCACCGAUGACCUUGUUGCUGUGUUUGAGGAUCUUAAGGACCCUGACGUUGAGGAGCGGGCCAUAAAGUACCGCAAGUCUAUGGAGGAGUACAUGCUACUGUGUAAAGAGGUCCGGCUUGCGCACUUCAGCAAAGAUUCCACUGAUAGAACGGAGGGUUUAUUAUCGGAGACCUCGUCGACGAGGCCGAGCGACGGUUCUCUGGUGGAGUAUUCACUGGAAGAAGCGUCGAAUUUCCGGCUGCUGCCGCUUGGUAGGAAAAAGCGAACUAGGAUCCGUGACCACAUAAUAUCCAAACUGACGGAGCGUCACUUGCAGAACCACUAUCAGGCUCAUGAUGAUUAUCUGCAGCGGGUCAAGGAAGAUAUAAAGCGUGAGCAAACCGAGUACAUCAACAGCGUUGUCGAACGCAGAAAGAAGGAUAUUGAAGAAAUGAAGCUUACUGUGGAGAAAAUGAAGUGCUGUAAUGCCCAACUCGCCGAGGAGAACAGUCAGCCUGUGCUUCGCGAUGCGCACGCUAUGGAAAUCAAGCAGCGGCUGAAAGACUUGGCGGCGGAGGUAACCAAGUGUGCAGGUGAGAAGCUGCUGCUGCUGGAAGGCAUUCGUGCCAUACGGCAGCGAACAAUGAUACAGGAGGAUUUAGAACAGUGCUUGGACGAGCAGUUGCACGCUCCACCCGACGGCUCGGCAUUGAGCGGCACCAGCCUCCAGUCCAUGGCUGAUAGUAACUUUGACGACGGCAUGGAAUCUAUUUUUAACAUGCAGCUGCUUCUUUCUAAGGAGAUGUCUCACCUCCGUAGGGAAUCGACUUGCUUUGUGAGGUGUGAUGAGAUAUGGGAAGGGCUGUGGGCACGGGUGAUGCGACAGGAGUUGAUGCUCGCUGUGGCACUGGAGCUGGAGAUGAUGGAGGGAAUUCUCCUCCGACCGGAGUCCAUACGCUGGGCCCUUGAGUCCGUUGGUUUCGAUGCAGACACCGUGAAGAACGUUAUAACCCCGGCGUCCGCAGAUUCUCGUGCGGUUAAGCAGUAUGAAGGUAUCGACAAGGGCGUGAAGGAGCAUGUGGUUAAUGUGAGUAAACUGCUAGGCGCCAUUGACAAAUCUUUGGAGCAAUCUCCGGAUUGUUGGAAUUCACUCACCAAAACUCUUCACACCUCAGGAAGUUUCAAUACCACUUCCAACAACAGCGCUUCUGGCAGUGGCGAAGGCACAUCUAUGCUUGUUGCUCCCAUUCCACUGGUGAUGUCCAGUGGUGACGAGGUUAAGAGUGUUCGUAAUCUUACCGGAUGCUAUGGUGAUGAGGGCAAACUGCAGGAGGCGUGUAUGGAGAAGCUGCUGUGCGAGGGUGUCUACUGCGAGUUAACAUUUUUACCCUUCGGGUUUGAUAUGCGGGAGCUGUUUGCUGCGCAGCGGUCGCUGCCUCCUCAGACAUCAAAGGCUAAACAUACACUCCCUGUUGGGCAGUGGGGCGUUCUCCGCCUUGUGCGACCGCCCAACGACGCUUCAUCGUACUGCCUUGAGUUUAUGCAACGAACAUAUUUGACUGGAGGUAAGGGCCGAGACAGACGACUUAUAUCAAUUCCGCUGGAUGAACCGCAGUUGCGGAUGUCGCUUCACGUUAUGGAGUUGGAUAAUCACGUUUGUUCAGGGGCGUUGCACGAUGAUAACCCACCGUUACCAACUUUUCCGCUGAUUGUGCUGGAAUUGAAGGGCGUUCCCCCAACCCCCGCACAGCCGCACCGGGAAGCCCAUCAAGUUCAGCAGCAACAAGUGCAGGAGGAGUGGAGUUCGUAUUUACGUGGUGCAGCGCAAUUGGGAACAUCCCGGCAAGAGGGCACGCCGUCUAAUGGGGCGGCACUCCUGAACAACAACUCGGAUACAACUUCCACGCAGGGUGCUAUACUAACGAAACGCCUCGACUGUGGUGGUGAUUUGGUGCUUCCUGAUGUUGCAAUGUCCUCUUGUGAGCGAGGAAAUGGAAUAUUUCUUCUUCAGUUCUCAGACCCUGUUGUUGCAAUGCCAAACCGGACGGAAUCCGUUGAAUGUGUUGUGGCAGCUCUGGCAGGUCUUACAUUGCCAUCCCUCAUAGUACCGGCUGCUGCUGGUGCUGCGGGGGCUUGUCCUGGAAGAGGGAAAACAGUUAACAGCGAUGUGAAGCCUAUCGAUUUCGGUUUCCAGGGUAUUGAUAAGGCCUGCGACGUCCACGUGGCAACGUACAAUCACAUGCCCCAUAUUCUUCUUAGUGCAUACGGUGGGCCGCUCCGCAAUGGCCCUUCAAUGAAAGACAUAACGAAGCCCUUGACGGUACCGGUGGGGGUUGGGGUAUCGCCGCUGGUUUACGCUAGCACGAUGGGGAUAUUCUUCUAUUUUUGGAAGGACUCUGAUGUUGGCUCUAGUUUAGGAAGCUCCGUUGCUACCGUUGCCGCUACAGUAGCGGCAACCCCUCAGACGGCAGAGGCAACGGCUGCACCCUUUCCCCCGGUGCCCAUCAACCGUCCGUCUCCACGGGGUCAACCAAGUGGUCCUUUUAGUGGGGCCAUCAACGCAUUGGUCCGACUAACGUCCCUGACGGUGCCCAACAGCAGCGGCGCGAGCGCGGGUAACGGCAACAAUGUUUCUGGAGGAUCUCCACCGGAGCGCAAAGAGAGUGCUUCCAGUGACGUGGAGGAUUUUUUGUUACAUAUACAGAAGCUGCAGUCAAUGCGUAAGAAGGUGCGCAAUGCGGUGCGGCAGCAGAUAUUCGAUGCGGAGGAUAUCAAGGCUGAGCUCCUUUAUAGUUAUUCUGAAAAUGAGUUUAUGCGGGGGUCGCAUAUCAAGGAUGUGAUGAAGGAGGCUCGGGAAUUAAUUGACUUUCAGCAGCAGUUUCGGGGAAACAUGGGGAUCCCGGCGCGCGUCCCUGUUCAAGCGAGCCCGGCACUAUGCCGCGAAAUGUGCAAGUUCUUCAUACCGUGGACGCUUUGGCAGUGGGCACACCGCUGGCAGACGCUCCAGGAUGCAUACCGGCAGCAACAGCAGCAGUUGGGCCUCUUUGGCCUUGGCUUCGGUGGGGCAAGCGAUACAGAUAGUGAGCCCAGUGCUCAAUUAUCACCGGAGGCGACGGCCGCGUCAAUGGGUUCACUCAAAAUAUUGGACGGCUUCUGCGGUCCGACGAUAUGCUUUGGGGAGAUUCCAUGUUUUCUUUCCGGUAUGGUGUAG